GACAGACAGAGCCGAUCAGGUGUGUGAGACCGAGAUGUGGACCGCGCAGCUUCUCUUCUCCUGCCUGCUGCUGCUACUCCUCUUCGUCUUCAUCCUCCUCCUCUCCGGACGGACCAGAUCGAAGAGAGAACCGCCGUUAGACAAGGGCCGGAUUCCGUGGCUGGGACACGCCCUCGAGUUCGGAAAAGAUGCCGCCAAGUUUCUGACACGAAUGAAGGAGAAACACGGCGACAUUUUCACGGUGCGGGUGGCGGGUCGCUACGUCACCGUGCUGCUGGAUCCGCACUCCUAUGACGACGUGCUCCACAACUCCACCUCCCUGGACUUCAGCCGCUACGCCCAGGUGCUCAUGGAGCGGAUCUUCCACCUGCGCCUGCCGCAGUACAACCCCGCUGCCGAGAGGGCCGCCAUGCACAAGCAUUUCCACGGGGAGAGUCUGGCUCGUCUGAACGCCACCAUGUACCGCAACCUCCGGGGCCUGCUGGAGUCCGACACGCUCCCCGACCCGACGCGCUGGAAGCAGGACGGCCUGUUCAACUUCAGCUACGGCCUGCUCUUCAGGGCCGGGUAUCUCACCCUGUUUGGAGCGAGACACAACAACAAAAACGGGCCGACUGACAUCUACAACGCGUUCAGGACGUUCGAUGGCCUCCUGACAAAAAUGGCUCGGACGACCCUCAAGCCAGAGGAGAAGCGGGAGGCCGAGUCGGUGCGGAAGCGCCUCUGGAGCCUCCUCUCCCCGGCCCGGCCAGGCGAGGGGGCGGCACCCAGCGCUUGGCUGCAGGGCUACCUGAAACACCUCGAGGAGGACGGUGCGGACAGGGAUACGUGCACGCGGGCUUUGCUCCUGCAGCUCUGGGCCACGCAGGGUAACGUCGGUCCCGCCGCGUUCUGGCUCCUGGGGUUCCUCCUGACCAACCCUGAGGCCAUGAAGGCGGUGAAGAAAGAGUUCUCCGACAUCCCGGUGGCAGCAGACGUGCCCGAGAACCUGAUUUUGGAGAAGUUGCAGUGCACCCCUGUGUUUGACAGCACGCUGAGCGAAACGCUGAGGCUCACCGCCGCCCCCUUCGUCACCCGGGAGGUGCUGACGGGCACCACGCUGCACAUGGCGAACGGGCAGGAAUACGACUUCCGACAAGGGGACCGCGUGUGCCUGUUCCCCUUCCUCAGCCCCCAGAUGGACCCCGAAAUCCACCGUGAGCCAGAGAAGUUCAAGUUUGACCGGUUCUUGAACGUGGAUGGGACGGAGAAGAGGGAUUUUUUCAAAGGUGGGCGGAGGCUCAAGUAUUACACCAUGCCGUGGGGAGCCGGAAGGAAUGCCUGCGUGGGCAGACACUUCGCCAUCAGCGCCAUAAAGCAGUUCGUGUUCUUGGUGCUGAGCCGUUUGGACCUGGAACUGUGUGACCCAGAAUCGGUUUUGCCGGCAGUCAACGCAAGUCGCUACGGGUUUGGGAUGUUGCAGCCAGAUGGAGACGUGCUCAUCCGUUAUAAGUUGAGAGACCUAUUAUAGGGUUUGUAAAUGAGACAACUGUGAUUAUGUCAAUGACAUUGGUAUGAAAACCACUUAUUUAUUUUGCAGUAUUACAGUAUGUUUUAAUAUAUAUAUUAAACUAAUGUGUCAUUUGUAAAUGUUUUUUUCUGUUUUCACCCACAAAGUUGUGUUGUGAAAGAAUUGUUUGAUAACUUUCAUCUGCAGACUGU